GCAGAUAUCAUUAAGAACAAUGGUCAAGGAUAAGGCAGGCGUCCAGCGACGACUAAGUGAAACAGGGACUUUAUCAUAAUUGCUGUUAAUAAUUACAGUGGUGAUAAGCAGCAGAGGUUGGCAUUUAUUGAUGGAAAAGUCAUCUGGGGUCUCAGCUGAUCUGCAGGAGCUGGAGGAGGAGAAACAGACCACUUUGGAUUUGAGACAGAUUAGGACACAAUCAGAGCCACAUAGAGAGAGGCGGCCCUCACCAGAGCACAGGAGAAAUGAUGAGAGCGGGAGCCAGGCAGUACGUGGUCGCCCGGCCGCUCUACUCCGAGGAGUCCUUCUCCGAGGAGCACGAGAAGAUCUACAGGCACCACAAGAGCUCGCUGGACCACAUCAAGCAGUACUUCACAUGUGAUGCCAAACGAGCAAAGGAUGUAGCGCUCUCUCUCCUGCCCGUCAUCGGAUGGCUGAAAAUCUACAGACUCAAAGAUUGGCUGCUCAGUGACAUCGUGUCCGGCGUCAGCACUGGACUGGUCGCUGUGCUGCAAGGUUUGGCUUACUGCCUGCUGGCCUCUCUGCCCCCCUGGUACGGACUCUUCUCCGCCUUCUUCCCUGUCCUUAUUUACUUUUUCCUGGGAACCUCCAGACACAUCUCAGUGGGUCCGUUCCCGGUCUUGUGUCUCAUGAUCGGCUCGGUGGUCACCCGGUUGGUCCCGGACGAGGGGUCGCCCGCCAACAUCACCGGGUUUGAGGGUCUGACCAGAGACGAGCAGAGAGUGCUGGUGGCUUCCUCUGUCACCUUCCUCGCCGGUAUCAUGCAGCUGGUGAUGGGCGCCCUACAGGUGGGCUUUGUUGUCAUGUACCUGUCCGACACUCUGGUCUCUGGCUUCACCACAGCAGCUGCCGUCCACAUCCUGGUGUCUCAGCUCAAGUUUGUGUUGGGUCUGCAUGUCCCUGGGAUCAGUGGACCUCUUUCCCUAAUUUAUACUCUCGAGAUCAUCUUUAAAAAUAUUUCCUCCACAAACGCAUGUGACGUGGUGAUCGCUUUGGUCAUCAUGGUGGCGGUGUUCAUCGUGAAGGAGCUGAACGACAGAUACAAAUCCAAACUUCCCGUUCCCAUCCCGAUAGAAGUCAUCAUGACAGUCAUUGCAUGUGGAGUCUCCUACGCAUUCGACUUCAGGAAACGAUUCGGUAUCGAUGUUGUUGGACAUAUUCCAAAAGGGUACGAGCCUCCGAUCGCCCCAAACCUGCACGUCUUCCAGGAAACCGCAGUGGAGGCUUUCCCCAUGGCUAUAGUGGGCUUUGCCGUCGCCUUUUCUGUAGCUAAAGUCUACUCAGUGAAACAUGAUUACACCAUCGAUGGAAACCAGGAGCUGAUCGCGUUCGGAGUCAGUAACAUCUUUGGAGCUUCGUUCAAGUCAUUUGCUGCGAGUACAGCUCUGUCCAGGAGUGCCGUGCAGGAGAGCACAGGCGGGAAGACUCAGAUAGCUGGAUUACUGUCAGCCCUCAUAGUGAUGAUCGUCACACAAGAAAUUGGAUUCUUACUGGAUCCACUACCGAAGUCUGUGCUGGGCGCUGUGGUCAUCGUCAACCUGAAAGGGAUGCUGAUGCAGUUUAGAGAAGUCCCGUACCUGUGGAGGAGAGACAAACCAGACUGUGUGGUAUGGUUAGGUACCUGUCUUGCAGCCACCUUGCUGGGGCUGGAUCUUGGUUUGGCUGCAGGGCUCGGUGUGGAGCUGAUCAGCGUCGUCCUCAGGGCUCAGUUCCCUCGCUGCAGUGUGCUGGCCAACAUCCAGGGAACAGAUAUCUACAAGGACAGGAAAGACUACAUUAAUAUAUAUGAGCCUGAGGGAGUGAAAAUCUUCAGGAUCCCAUCGCCAAUCUUCUUUGCAAACAUCGAGUUCUUCAAGAGCAAGCUGGUGGAAGCUGUUGGAUUCAACCCUUUGAGAGUGUUGAGGAAGAGAAACAAAGCACUAAGGGAGAUCCGGAAACUUCUAAAGAAAGGAGACCUGCAGUGGACGCCGAAAGGCUUCUUGAACACGUCAUCUGGACCCUUCCAGAAGUCAGAGGACGAGAGUAACGCGGAGGAGCUCGACCUGCCCACAGACUUUAAAGACCUUCCUUCGCGGAUCGACUGGAACGCCGAGCUCCCCGCAAACAUCAUCGUCCCCAGAGUGGACCUCCACAGCCUCAUCCUGGACUUCUCUGCUGUCUCUUUCCUGGACAUCUCUGCUCUGAAGGGACUCAAAACGGCGCUGAAAGAGCUGAUACGGGUCGAAGUCGAGGUCUACAUUGUCGCUUGUGAUACUUACAUCCUGGAAAAACUGCACAGCUGUUGCUUCUUUGAUGAUGAAGUUCAGCCGUCGAUGUUCUUCCUGACGCUUCACGACGCCAUGUUACACAUCCUGGAGAAACAUCCAGAGUCCACAGAAAAGAAAUCGGACUAUGACAGGAUCAUAACAACAGUCACAGUCCACCACCCUGGAGGCGCUUUAAGGAGCAGAGAUAAAAAUGCUCUGGAUCCAGAAACCAGGUUCUGAUGUCAGUUUUAGACGAUUUAGAGGAAGAUUUAUCUGAAAGUAAAAAAAAAGACCAAAGAUUAAGGAGUAAAAGGUUUACUGACCAUGCUGUAAAAACACUGAUAUAAUGAACGACACUGUUUUUGACUUUUCACAUAUUAUGACUGAUCUGAGUUUACGUUUAUUGUUUUAACUGAAAUGUAAGUAGACACGUCGUGUUUUUUAUACUGUACAUGUUCCAAGAGUUUGUAGACAUUUUAGGUGUAAUGUAUUUCACAUUUUGUAUUCUUAUAUUUUCAUUACAAUGAGAAGAAAUGCACUUUUUUUGCCACUCUCUUUGGGACAAAAGCAAUGUUGAAAAAAGACUGAAUGUGCAGUUGCUGAAAUAUGAUAAUAAAUAUUUUAUCUCUCGUAACAAUGA